AUGACGAAUGCCCUGACGGCCGUGACGCAAGGGCAAGCAAAUGUCGCAAUGCCAAACUCGGCAACCACCAUUCACUACAUCCGCCAAGACUUUAUCCGGCUCAAAAACCUGCCUUCGAACACGGUCGUACCGGUCGUCGUCACUCUUGAUGAAGUGAGCAUGCUGCUUGGACAAACAGUCAACGAGAAAUUCGACCGCGAGUUUAGCACGUUGCCGCAAUGGCGCCAAGAACGUCGGUUCAUCAAAUGGGCUAUCGCGCCACUGCGAGAAUUGUCGAAUUCAGGCGGGAAGGUUACUUUAUUUAUGAGUGGGACGCGUCCUUUUGCGCUGAGCGACGCUGUCCAGGUGGACAUGUCCGACAAGGUCACCGGGAGCAGGUUUUUCGCUUGGUUGAUCGAGAUGCCACGUCUCUCUGGCGCUGCCUCGGCUCAGCUGGCGACCCGCCGUAACAACAACGCAGCUUGGCAUCGAGAUGUUUGGAAAACGCUGUUGCUCCAGCGAGCACUGGGCAUUCCUCGCCAAAUUAACAACAUUUUCACGACCGACAACCGUUCCAUGCCGAUCACGAUUGAUCCCAAGUCUUUGAUUGCUUUUGUUCGAGCCAUUGCUUUCAAGUCGACUCUCGACGAUUGGGCAGAUGCUCGGAUUGACAGGUUGGUGGAUCUUGGACUCUGCUUUUGGACCUCACUCUCUCAGCAUUCCUUCUCUCAGCAACUGAUGCUAAACCUGCACUUUCUCGACCUUGUCAAACUCGAUGAUGACCAGUGCGCGUAUGGCCACAUCGCCAGCAAACUGCUCACUGAACUGCAAACAAUCGGGAAGAUGAGUCAGCCGGAGACUGUUAAUGACAAUGCGGUCUCUCUUCCCUCGCACAACUGGGAGCAAAUUGUGCCGCGCUUGCUCAACCUGCGCCUGCUUGUGGAGCUGUGCGAUGCGUGCGCCAAAACCAAGGGCGCACCACAGGCUGCCGAUCUGACACUACCUCUUCCCACACUGUUUGAAGGCGCCGUCUUGAGCGACGACUUGCAGUCAGUCAUGGUCGUUUUGCGACAGUUUGAGCGAGCGGUCGAUUCGAUUCCAGAUGGGUUUUCCUUGACCCGCGUCAACGAGGAGUUCAGCGAUUUGAAUGCCAGCUUUGUGUCGGUCAAUGGUUUGGACGUAAGAGGUCGAAACGGUCUUGUUGACUCCAAACUACAUGUAUGCGCUGCCACUCACAUGCAUGACAACAGUUGA